GUACCUGUGGGGGCAGCCAUCUUUGCUCCCAACAAGAGAAUACUCAGGUGUUGCCACAUCUGCAAACUUCCAGGAAGAGUGAUGGGGAUUCGAGUGCUUCGUUUCUCUUUGGUGGUCAUCCUUGUGUUAUUACUGGUAGCUGGGGCUUUGACCACCUUGCUUCCUACGAUCAAAGAAGACAAGAUGCUCACUUUACAGGAAAUAAAAUCCCAGGGCAAGUCCGCCCUGGAUUCCUUUACUCUCAUCAUGCAGACUUAUAACAGAACAGAUCUCUUGUUGAGACUUUUAAAUCAUUAUCAGGCAGUACCACAUUUGCACAAAGUGAUUGUGGUAUGGAACAAUAUUGGGGAGAAGGGACCAGAUGAAUUAUGGAAUUCUCUAGGUCCUCACCCCAUCCCUGUAGUCUUCAAAGUACAGACAACAAACAGGAUGAGAAAUCGACUUCAGGUCUUUCCUGAACUGGAAACCAAUGGUGAGCUACAACUGGGAUGCAGGGUUGUAACUAAACAGAGCUGGGGGUGGGUGUAUGUGUGUUUGGCCUUCCAACUGGCCAAAUUGGAGAAAGCAAGGAAAUUUAAUCAAAAGAAUGCACUCAGAAAAACUUAA